CAUGACUCCACGGCCCUGACCCAAAUCUAUACUCCAGCACUUCGCAUUAUUGCAUUGAUUUAACUGGUUUCAGAUCCCCUCUCAUCUUCCCAACAGAACAGUCAAUCAAAGCCGAAACGUUGUUUGUUGCUUAGCGAGUUCUCAAAACUGAACAGGUUUUUUAGGAAGAGAAGAUGGGAUUUAUUAUGGAAUUUGCUGAGAAUUUGGUUCUGAGGUUAAUGGAGGAUCCCAAGGAGAGGGACCGGAAGUUCAGGGAGCGCGUAUAUGCCGUCAAGGAUCGAUGCCAAAAGACUAAGGAGAUGUGGAGCUAUCCCCUUCGCCCUUAUGGGUUUUGGACAUUUGAGCGCCACAAUGCACAGCUUGCUUGGGAUGCUCAGAUUAGCCAGGUGCCUGGUCGAAGGGACCCCUAUGAUGACCUCCUUCAAGAUAGCUAUGGUUCCCCCAAGUGAAUGAAUGCAUUGACUCAAGAAAGCCCAGUUUCCAUUAGCAUGCUGACAAGGGGCUUUCUUGGAGGAACCAGAGUAGAGAUUGAUGUUUAAAGUCAUGUAUUCUGUGGACAGUACGAGUGUCGGUUGGUUUAACACCUUAGUCCAGCCCUUUUACGAGUUUUAAUAGCUCUUUUCUCACUUGAUCAGGGAAAGGUUCUCGCAUUUUCCUUGUACCUUAUCAUUGUUCCUAGACAACCUUGCUAUUUUUGUUUAGUGGGGGUGGCAUGGACAGAGUAAUUUAUCAGAAUUUGGACCGCAGCUCAGAUAAAUAAGAAUGCAGUUGCAACUGCUCUUUGUAAUUUGCCAACUUUUUUAUUAUUAUUAUAUUCAGAUUUCAAACCGUGAAAA